ACUAAAGAUGGCCGCUUCCAGCAUAACACAGUAACGGUGUUGUACAUACAAAGCUUUGUUUCCAAAAGUUUGUCUAUUUUCUGCUUAAUAAUGUGUAUUCAGAUAGGCACAGCAAAGAGUCUAAUCAUGAAGUGGUAACAGACUUCAGGGCAGUGAUGAAUGCGGUAACUGUUUCUGGGAAGACAUUUUCAGUUCAGUGCCGGUAACUAGCGUUUGGUCCCGCCACUGUCACCCCACAAGGACAGUUAUGCCGCGCCCCGGGAAAAAGCCGGCUGGGGAGGCUUCAAACUCCAACAAGAAGUGCAAGCGCUACUUCAACGAGCAGUGGAAGAAGGAGUUUCCCUGGCUGGAGUUCGACUACGAGCUGAAGCUCAUGUUCUGCUUCGUGUGCCGACAGGCGCUGGUGAAGAACAAGCACGGCAAAGCAGACAACGCCUUCACCGUCGGCACGGAUAAUUUUCAGCGCCAUGCCCUCCUCCGUCACGUGACCUCCGGGGCCCACCGGCACGCCUUGGCAGCCUGCAGGGAGCAGCCGGUUUGGGAUCCGCCCACGCCAACGGAAGAAGACCUCAAACUGCCAACCAGAAGAGAGGUCAGCCCGGCCAAAAUCGGCAUCUUGACCACCGUUUACUGGAUGGCCAAGGAAGACAUUCCAGACGUUAAACUAGGGUCGUUACUGGAACUGCAAAAAUUCAACCUCUGCCAGUCGUUGUUGACUGGGGAACACCACCAUGAUUAUUAUACAGCAAGCAAUGUAAAGGAAAUGCAGGAGGCAAUUGUGAAAGUUCUUCAUGAUGAAGAUAGACGUAAAAUGGCCGAUUCCCCGUUUAUCGGGUUUAUUGUGAAUGGAACCAUUGACGAUUUGGAAAACAAAAACCUUGUAGUGUUUGCCACCACAAUGCCCCCAUAUGACAGACAAACAUCUGUAAUAUAUUUGGGCAGCUUUGUGAUGCCUGAUGGAGCUGCUGUGACUGUGGCAGAUCAAAUAAUUGAGCUCAUGAACAGCUUUAGCGUUCCUCUGUCCAAAGUAGUUUGGCUUGCAACGGAUGGUUCUUUUCUGAUGGCUGACCAGAUCAGUGAUGUUGAUGCCAAACUGAAGCCUGCGUGCCCACUUUUAAAACAGGUCCACUGUCUGUCUCAUAAAGGCUUGCUGGGUCUGGCUGAUUGUCUCAUCGGCAUUGACUAUCUUAGGAAAUACGAAGGCAUCGUCGAUGCUGUUUAUAGACUUUACUCCAGUUUUGAGGAUGAGAAUAACAGCUUACAGGAAUUACAGGCGGUCCUAAAGUCAUGUGAGAUAGACCUAUCUGGGCCUCAGCGCAUUCAAUGGACCUCUAUUUUGCCGGCAGUGGAAGCCGUCAACUUCUUAUGGCCAACGUUGGUGUUGCUUCUGGAAGGGGAAGCAAGGGAGUCUCCCGUAGCCUUGGGGCUUUGCGAGGAACUAAAGAAAUUCUACUUUGUGGCGUUCACAAAGACGCUGCUGGAUGUUCUUCCCGUUCUCCAGAAACUGAACCGGUUCUUCCAGACAGAGGAUCUGGAUCUUUCCGUGUUCAGGCCGGCCGUCACGGCAGCCCUGGCCUCCCUGAAGACGCAGAAGACCUCGAACGGUCAACACUUUCAGGAAUUCCUCCGGGACUUGAACGAGCACCCCAGGGAGGACAUUGAAACAGAGAGCCGCUUCUACUACAAAGGGGUGGAGAUGACCCACUGUUCCAAAGUGCAUUGGCUAAACUUUGGCCACUUUAAGGAAACCUUCGUGCUACACGUGUACAAGAAUCUACAGGAUAGGUUUCCCGUCGGUAUGACGGACAUCGUGCAGGCCUUCACAGCUUUGUUCAGCCCCAAGAGCUACGCUGCACAGGCAUUGGACGACAUUGGGAAUUAUGGGAAUGCUGAGCUGAACUUGCUGUUGAGCCACUAUGGGGAGGUGGUAAGCCGCGAGAGGGCGAGAAACGACUUCUCCCUUUUCAAGCGUAUCAUCGUCAGCCUGAGCCACCUCUCGUUCAGCGACCUUUGCACCCAGUUGGUUUCCAUUGACUCGGAGAUGCAGAAGCUCUUCCCUGACUUCGCCACCCUCGCUUCAAUCGCUCUGGCAUUGCCUCUGCAUUCCAUGCCAUUUGACAAGAUUGUCAGGGUCAAGGAGCUGCUAAAACAGAGCAGAGGACGGUCUCUGAAAGACGAGGGCUUGUCCAGUGUAGUCAAAAUUGCGGUGGACGGGCCAACCAUUAACGAGUUUGAUUUUGUAGCCGCCAUCGAACAUUUUGAAACCAUAAAAGACAAACAAAAUACCAUGUGAUGACUAUUUGUUUAUGUGGGUUUUUUGUAACCACAAGCUGGAAGAUUUGGAAGCAAGGUUCUUUACUUAAGAACCGUACUCGUAUGUUGUUCUGUAUCUUACCCAUCCAAAUGAUUGUGCUAAUAAUAUGUAGGCUCCUUUUGGAGUAUUUUAAAAAAUGCAAUAUGUGGUAAUAUUUACCGCACAGCUAUUCAAUAAUCGAGCCUGACAUACAUAAUCACAUUUUAUUGCCAGCCUUUGCAACCACAAAAGUCCUGUUGCAAGAUACUUACUUUAAAGACAAAUGAUGACAAAAAGAACUAUUGAAAGUUUGUAACAACCCAGACAGGUACUGGCUGUGCGAUGCUUUCAGCAGUUCCUGCUCAGCUUAUUUAAAAUAAUAAUAAUAAUAAUAAUAAUAAUAAUAAUAAUAAUAAUUACGGAACGUAUACGUUAUGCUAUCUGUUAAUUGUAAGCUUUGAUUUGAUGCAUAUUUUAUACUAAUCUUGUUUGCCAUGCCUACAACUAUAUUCUUAACUCUGCUGUAGCUUUACUUCUUAGUUCAUGGCACACAGCAUGUAAAUUGUAUCAGCAAAGCACUUGACGAAUCCAGAGAGACAAAGGAAACAGCCAAUGCAUGAAAAACUAUGGCAGUCUGCUUCAGCAUUGCCAGCUUUCCCAGUCACAGCUACCCCCUCCUUUGCAUUUUACUUCCAAAUAAGAACUGCUGUUUUUAACUUGCUAGUUUUUUUGAGACAUUUAAGUUUCUUACUUGUGGUAAAGAUUGCGAGUAACAAAAGUUCUUAAACAAAUGUAAAUGCUUUUAAUACAUAAUCUAAUAAUUACUGCAUUGAACUUUAAACGGAUGGCAGUCGUCACUUAAUAAAAAGUGGCAUGAUGCUGGGGAAACUUAGGUAUCAAAAAUUGCAGUUAAAAUUACAAUGUUAUUUUGUUCAAUUACAGCAGAACAGUUAUGCUGCAGUAAUUGCAAUUAGAAUUCCAAUGAUACUAAAAAGUUACAUAAACAUUCAAUGCAUGACUUCGGACACUGUCUAACUAGAAAGAUAAAAUCUGAACUUUUAAAUAUGCCUUUUUUCCUUGUGUUCACAGCACAUCAUAUAGUUUACAUGUAAAGCCUACAAUUCAAGUAGGCAUACUUGUCAGUAUCUAGUUAUCUAGUCAGCUAAUAUGUAUGAAAGCACUAUCUUUUACAACAUUAAAAUAUCAUUCUUUUAUAUGGUACUGUAUUUAUUUGUUUUUUACUUGUGCCUGACAAACUCUUCAUUUUUUUUUCACCAAAAAGAAGUACACUAUAAUGAUUUACUUACCACUACUGUCUAAAAUUGUUUUGCAUGUGCUAGGCUGAACAACAAAAAGUGCAAAGACUGCCUUCGUAGAGGGGACUGACUAUUUUUAUUUUUUUACUGACAUUUUGUACUAAAAAUAGGUUAAUAAGGUAUUUUUUAUGACUGCCUUGAAUUGCAUUUCAUUUGUUUCUGAGCUUUGUCUCCUAAUGUAUGUAUGUAUGUGUAUAUA